AUCGAUUUCGCUUCACGAUAUGAAAAGAAAACAAUAUAACCCAUUUACAGUAGUGCAAACGAUCAAUUCUGCAAUGUUUGAUACUUCUAACAUCCUUGUGUCUUGUGAAAAAAUAGAAAAGAACUUGUAAUGUCCAUCAAAAGUUAGUGGUCGAAAUGUGAAAUAAACUGACAAACAAUGUGACUAUAAGCCCAAUGAAGAAUAUAAAAAAAAAAAACAGAUAAAAGAAGAGAAUGAAACUUGCUCACAAUUUUAAACAUCUUAUUUUGCUUUUGAGGUGGUCGUACACCGUCCCUGUACUGUGCUACAUUACAUUUUUUUUAACAAUUUGGAUGUUAUCUGUGCCAUUAAAACCCAUCAAAAUUGUGAAGGAAAUACGAAUCGAAAAACCAAAAGAUUCGUUUGAAAUACGAAUGAAAAACAGCAAUUUCAAUUCAGACCGCAAAGAGGGAGAAAACACCCUACUAAACAAUAAAAAUGAAUACCUAAUCAACACAAAUACAAACGAAAACGCUAACAAGGACCAAACUGAAAUCUUACAAGACGUUUUUAAAAGAGCUGACAAAGAUAAAAACAACAAACUUGACUCUAAAGAGCUUUCCGAAUGGAUAAGAAAAAAAAUUGUUGAACACAUUUCCACUGCUGUUAGCAACAACUACGCACUAUUUACAAUGAUAGACGUUGAUCCAAGAAACGGUGUAAUAACAUGGAAAGAAUAUCACACGUACUUUCUCAAACGACGAGGUUUUAGCAAAAAAUAUGUAGAAAACCAUGAUGAAAAACGACACCGGGGCCUCCAAAGAUCAAUAAAAGAACAAAUAAUGAGGGACAAGGCGUCCUGGAUGGAAGCAGCUCGAUCAAAUCCAGAUGCUCUAACAGUCGACGAAUUUCUGGCUUUCACUCAUCCCGAAUCCAGUGCAGCCAAUCAACUAGCUCUCGUCGACGAAUUGUACGACAAAUUCGACCGAGAUGGAGACGAGUUAUUGACAGAGGAUGAAUUUGCCAUUCUUCAGACUGAAGGUAACGACGACGAAACGGUCAUUGUUAGACAAGAUGAAAAUGAAAGACGAGCCGAAUUUCGCAAAUCGGUUGAUUUGAAUGGAGACGGUCGCGCCGAUAGGAGAGAACUUUUACAUUACGUUGCACCGCAAAGUCCUAGACAUAGCGAACACGAAGCUGAAGCCCUUUUAGCUUUGGCUGACGGUGAUCAUGACAAUAUGUUAUCGCUAGAUGAAAUACUUGCACACCCGGACCUGUUUCUAAAAUCGAAAAUGGUUGACACCGGUCGAAGUUUUCACGAUGAAUUUUGAAGAAAUUAGAUUUUUCAAUCACGAGUAUAAGACUGUACUUUGAAGCAGAUGUAGGUGUUAAACAAAUUAGAUAGUCACUCAAUCAUUCCUUCUAAGUAGACAAGAAAUAUUUUUGAACUCAAAUAAAAAAUAAAUAUAA